CUAGAAGACUAUAUAACGAUAUACCUUAACGAUAUCUUAAUAUACUUAAGCCUUAACCUAGACCUUAAGAAGUAUAUAUUUAUAAUAAAGGAAGUUAAAUACCUAAAGUAUAUCGUAGAGGUAGGAGUCUAUAUUCGCCCUAACCCUAAGAAGAUCAAGGCUAUUUAUAAAUAG